CAAUGCUCACUUCCUGUUGUGUUGCGCGCUCCUGUUUCUCUGACAUUGCGCCUGCUCUCACGUGUUUUCAGUAUAUAAAAGGGUCCCAGUCUCUCACCAUGUCCCGAGCGUCACCAGACAAACGCCGAAAAAUGGAGUCCGCGCUGACCCAGCUGAAGAAGCACACUGUGGUGGUGGCAGACACUGGGGAUUUUAACGCCAUUGAUGAGUACAAGCCUCAAGAUGCCACCACUAACCCAUCUCUUAUCCUGGCUGCUGCUAAGAUGCCAGCCUACCAGCACCUGUUGGAUCAGGCCAUUAAAUACGGCAUCGCCAAAGAUGGAACUGAAGAGGAACAGGUAGCCAACACCAUGGACAAGCUGUUUGUGACUUUUGGGCUAGAGAUCCUCAAGAAGGUCCCAGGCAGAGUCUCUACUGAGGUGGAUGCCAGACUAUCUUUCGACAAAGAUGAAAUGGUUGCCAAGGCCUUGAAACUCAUCGCUCUCUACAAAGAGGCUGGCAUCAGCAAGGAGCGGGUGCUCAUCAAACUGUCAUCAACAUGGGAGGGAAUCCAGGCGGGCAAGGAGCUCGAGGAGCAGCACGGUGUUCACUGCAACAUGACCCUGCUGUUCUCCUUUGCUCAGGCUGUGGCCUGUGCAGAAGCAAAGGUAACACUUAUAUCACCCUUUGUUGGACGCAUUCUCGACUGGUACAAGGAGAACACGGACCGCAAAAGCUUUGAGCCACAUGAAGACCCAGGUGUGCUGAGUGUGACCAAGAUUUAUAACUACUACAAGAAAUUUGACUACAGCACUGUGGUGAUGGGUGCUUCCUUCAGAAACACAGGGCAAAUAAAAGCCCUGGCAGGCUGUGACCUGCUCACCAUUUCCCCCGGGCUGCUAGCAGAGCUCAACCAGGACCAUAGUGUUGUCACAGAGCUGCUCAAUAAGGAGAACGCCAAGGCCAGUGAUCUGGAGAAGAUUCACCUUGAUGAAAAGACUUUCCGCUGGCAGCACAAUGAAGACCAAAUGGCUGUAGAGAAACUGUCUGACGGCAUCCGCAAGUUUGCUAUUGAUGCCAUCAAGCUGGAGACCAUGAUCAAAGAGAAAAUGCUUAAUGUAAAAAAUGGCCAGUAAUGGGCAGAUUUGGCUUCAGUCUCAGGAAGUAUAAGGAGUGAAGAAGCGUCUUUUUUUUUUUUUUUUUGGUAUCCAACUGCCUGAAAGAAGGUCCAAAGAACAAGAAGGCCUUCCUUUUGACCAAAACUCCAGGGACCUCCUUCCUGAAUGGACACCUUUCCUCUCUUAGGCUGGGACCGACUCUUUGUUUUCUGACCAAAUAUAAAUGCAUUUGACAUUAAUGUGGUGUGGAGUUGUUGUGAAAUAGUUUAACAUUUACUAAAAACUUGACCAGAAAGGAACAACUUUGCAGAAAAAAAAUGUCUUGCUGAGUAUAAACCAUCUGGCAGGAAAGUGCCACAAUUUUUCUAAGAACUUUGGCAAAUAAAGACUGUUGUACCAUCAUUCCUCAGAAUUUAACAUUUUGAUCUUUGAAUAAAUAAACAUCUCAGCCUUC